AGCAGCUGCUUAGAGGAAAAGGUGGACCCAUCCAUUGGCCAGCCAAUCGCAGCUCAGCAUCCUACCAGUGACGAGCAGGGAGGGCCGGUCUUUGAGCUUUGCAGCGGAAAACCACCGGGCCAAACGAACGGAGGGAGCGCAAGAGAGAGGGCUAUAGCCUGAGAUACGCACUAAUCUCUCCACAGUGAUCAUGUGUCAGCGGAGUCUGAAGAAGCAGCAAAAGGGGCCGAUGCGGAGCACUGCGGGGAAAUGGUGAGAUGCUGCAGGUCUUUGCACAGCUCUCCCUCUUGCUACAAUCUCCACAGAGUCAGGGUUGAUGUGCGGCGUUUCCGCCCGCCGGGCUCCUCAGCGGGAGCGACAGGGGAGCCCGCAAACGGCGCCAACAACGCCGGCACGGGAGGCCCUGGAGCCCCGGGGGGCCCGCCUCAGCUCAGCGACCGGAGCCGAUUCAGGUUGCAGUUCCCACAGUUGGCCCUGCGGCGGCGCCUAGGCCAGCUGAGCUGCAUGUCCCGGCCUACUGUCCGCCUUCGCUCAUGGCCUCUGUCCUUCCUCUACUACAUCCUGCCCUUUGGAGCGCUCAAACCUCUCGCCAAAGUAGGCUGGAGGCCCACAAGCAGAGUUACAAUCUACAAGUCCAUACCCACACGACUGCUCUCCAGAGCCUGGGGUCGCUUGAACCAGGUGGACCUGCCCACUUGGUUACGGAAACCUAUCUUCAGAUUGUAUAUAUGGACAUUUGGUGUCAACAUGAAGGAAGCGGCCGUGGAGGAUCUACAGCACUACAGAAACCUGGGCGAGUUUUUUAGGCGCAAACUCAAACCUCAGGUCCGGCCAGUGUGCGACUCGCACUGCGUGAUCAGUCCAGCUGACGGCAAGAUCCUUCAUUUUGGCCGUGUGAAGAACUGUGAGGUAGAGCAGGUGAAGGGAGUGACCUACUCCCUGGAAACAUUCCUCGGGCCACGCACCUGGGCAGAGAGUUUAACCGCUAACAGAAAUGAAGAUGACCCUGGCACAUUCCAGGAUGCCCUGGUCACUAAGGAGGGGAAUGAGUUGUUUCACUGUGUAGUUUAUCUGGCUCCAGGUGACUACCACUGCUUCCACUCGCCUACAGACUGGAGGGUGGCACACAGACGGCACUUUCCAGGAUCUCUGAUGUCAGUGAACCCUGGAGUUGCACGAUGGAUCAAAGAACUUUUCUGCCAUAAUGAGCGAGUGGUCUUGAGUGGGGAGUGGACGCAUGGCUUCUUUUCACUCACAGCUGUAGGAGCGACAAAUGUGGGAUCUAUACGCAUCUAUUUUGACAAGGAGCUCCGUACCAACAACCCUCGCUACAACAAAGGAACUUACAAUGAUUUCAGCUACGUAACAAACAACAACCAAGAAGGUGUGAGCAUGAGAAAAGGAGAACACCUGGGCGAGUUCAACUUGGGCUCCACUAUUGUACUGUUAUUCGAAGCUCCACGGGAUUUUACCUUUAAUUUGCAAGCAGGCCAGAAGAUCCGUUUUGGAGAACCUCUCGGGACGAUGUAACGCAGACGAGAGGGGAACAGAAUCUGACGAUGGACACGCCAGUCUGUGUGUAGAUGCAUUCAGGGUCUCAAAAACUAAUACACUCACAUUUGCAGAGAUGUACUCUGUUUGAACUGAGAUACAUGUGUGUUCAUAUGUACUCACACAAACACCACUGUUGCAUUAUUGCCAUUGGGUUCUCCCAGUAAUUUUUUUUAGGCUUUUUUGUUGUUGUUGUAAAAUACUAUUAAGGCAAAGCUUAGACCAUCAUGUUGUAAAGUAUUUGUUUACCAUGAAAUGCCAUCCAGUUUUUUUUUUUUUUUUUUUUUUGGGCUCUAAAUUAUUUUUAUAUUUUGUUUUAGUAAAACGGUUGUUUUGUUUUUCUGUGUUUGCCCAUAUUGCCUUCGGCUGGAGUCAAACUGUGUGAAGGGUUUGAAGAGUUUCAUUUCCACAGCUAACUUUGCAAGUCUUGGGAAUGUAUGAGAGACCACUAUUUGGUUCCUUCUUUUUUCCCAGUCACUCAUCUUUAAAACCGUUCUCUCCGUCCAACUUUUGCUCUUCACGAAGGUGCAAGCCAUUUUGACAGUAAAAUCGUGGCCACAUUUUCUCACUAAGAAAGAGUUUUGGAAAAGACAGGUGAGAAUUAUCACUGCCGCUGUUCUCUGGCAUUGAAUUAUGCCUUUGCUUGUUGGUCUAGCGAUUAGUUUGGAGGUUAAUGUAAAGUAUUUUGCUGUCUCAACUUAAUUAGUGCCAAAACGCAAGAUAUAUUUUUACUAACACACGUUUUUUUGCCCUUUUGAUAUGAAUCAGAGUUCUUGUAAUCUUAUGGCAUGUGUUUUUCGUUCUUGGACUUUUCUCUCUCUUUUUUUUUUUUUUUUUGACUAACCAGCACCUAGCAAGUUCAACAGACUCUACACCCUGAGCUAAGGAUAAAGACCCUCCAGUCUCUCUUAAUCUAGACCACAUCUGUAUGAAGAUAAGGGAGAGGACUCUGGAAAUUUUGCUUUGAAUGUGUUGAAAACCAAACACUGGGCUUUUCUGUGCACCGAGCCACAUUCUUGUGGAAAUUCUUUUGAAGAAAAGUCUUAUUAAUUCAAUUCAUGUAACAUAGACAUUAAUUACAAACUAGUUCCAAGUGCAAGAAACAUGUCAUUAAUAAAUUUUGAAGAUUAUUUAAAAAGUU